UGCAGACGGAGCGCGCGCGCCCACAGCGUCCGCCCCCGCGCCCCCGGCGCCCCCGCCCCUGCCUCGCCUGUCAUCACUGUGAUGUCAUCUUCCGACCGGCGACGUCGUAAGCCCCACUCUCUUGCUGUGGAGGUGCACGACGCGCUCGAUAGCUCUCGAGGUAGUGGUGCGAAGAUGUCUGCGCGCACGUCGUCCGGUUCAUGGUCGGGCGGCGGCGGCGCGCCCCCGGAUAUCAUCGACUUGGACAAGUUCAUGCGCAAUGCUGUGCGCCCCGCGCGUCCAGAGAAACACGUCGUUAAUUGUGACGAGCUGGUAGUGGACGCUGGCGGAGUGGAUCGGAAGCCAGGCGUGAUGCCUCUUGCGACAGUCGGGGCGCCAGGAUCGCUGGCACGCUCGGCGCCCCGCACGCCGGCGCCCGCCGCGGCGCAAACACUGUCGGUGCCGAGCAGUAGCAGCGUGUGUAGCGGCAGCCGGCCGCCGCCGCACGCGAAACGUUUCUCGCACGACUCCGGCCUGUCCGACGGCAGCUACGCGCGCCGCAAGCAUCGCGCGCACAGACGCGCCCCCGUGGGCGAUGUGAGCACGGGGCGCGGGCCGCGGACCCCGGCCGGCUCCAGUAACUCGCUGCGAGCGUUCCGCGCGGUGUGUGAGCGCGCCCUGCUGGACCAGCAGGCGCAGAUAGCGCGUGUGGCGCAGCUGUGCGAGCGCCUGACGGAGCGGCCCGUAGCUCCCGCGGCCCCCGCACCCCCCCGGCGCUCGGAUCACUCGCUGCACUCUGCGUCGCCCGACACUAGUGACGUCAGCUCCAGCAGCCGCAGCACGCGCGACCAGCGCCGCAAGGACAAGCACCGGACGGAGGAAUGCAAGACCUACAAGAUUAUAAUGAACAAGCUGGACGAGCUGAACCGUCUGUUCGCGGCGCGGGCGCGGUCCCCGGUCGCGCGCGGCCCGCAGCGGCCGGCGCCCUCGUCCGGCAGCGUGUCGGUGUCCGACAAGCUGGUCGCCACGGAGCCCGAGCUCCGCAACACACUGCAAGUCAACCACAACACCGUCUCGGUGCGCGGCGGGUCGGGCGCGGGCUGCGCGGAGGGCGGGGCGGCGGGGGCCCCGGCCGCGGCCAGUCUGCGCAUCAACAACCCGUGCGCGCUCGACGUCCUGCCGCGACACGACUUCGUGAUCGACAGUGUGGCGCAGUGGGAGAGUCGCGGCGGCUCGGGCUCCAGCGGCGGGGACCCUCGCUGCGGCUUCGACCUGGAGGACCCCGUACACUUGUACUCGCAAGCGAAGCGGCUGCAAGCGCUGCCUGCGACGAUGCGCCGCGCGCGCUCGGUGGAGGGCGCGCGGCGCGGCGCGGCGGCGGACGGGCAUAAACUACGUGAAGAUGCAGGGGGCGAGGGGGCCGCGGGCGGGGGGCGCGCCACGCUGUGCGCGCUGUGCCGCGGCUACUGGCGCGCGCUCACCAACUUCCUCGCCGCGCAGCUCUUCUGCUACCCCGACACCGCCUAG